CAGGCAGCAGCGCAGGUUGAGGAGCGUCCCAGUGCAGGGAAGUGCAGCGCUGGGAUGAGCCUCAAAGUUCUAGCCCUCGCCGUGCAGGGGAUUUAAAGCGGCCGCGCACUGAUAGCGCCUCAGCCUCUCUCUCCCCCCCCCAGCCCCAGCCGGGGGCUUUGCCAGCCGCUGCUGCUCCCAGGCUCCAGCAGCCCCUGGUCUCCACCCCCCCCCCCCAAGUUAACUCUGAUCUCUCUGCCAGCUUCACCCCCAAAUGCCAGCCAUGAUAGAGAAGGGCCCAGAGGUCUCAGGGAAGAGAAGAGGCAGGAAUAAUAAUGCCACUGCUGCCGCCAGUGCCAAUAAUAAUGGGAAUAAUAAAAGUUUGGCAGCAGCGGCAGCACCCAAUGGAAACAGCAGCAGCAACUCCUGGGAGGAAGGCAGCUCCGGCUCCUCUAGUGAUGAAGAGCAUGCAGGAGGAGGCAUGAGAGUUGGAGCCCAGUACCAAGCCGUGGUUCCUGAUUUUGAUCCGGUCGAAGUGAACUCCUGACAAAUGGCUGGUUAAUCCAGAGGGUGCCCUAAUUCAAUCAGAUCUAUGAUGGAGAUGCCGGGGGAGGCAGAGAGGAAGAAACCAUCUGUGGAUUGCUUACAGCAAAGCUGGCCUUCACCAGUCUCUUUCCUGCUAUACUACAAAAAUCUGAGCACUCUUGACUUGAGGAAGUAUUCCUGUUAAGGGAGGAAUUACAAUAGCACCCUAGAAGCAUCUGGAUCCAGGGACACAGAAGGUGGGAGAAACUGCUUACUGUGAGGAGGUGCCAUUUGAAAUACUGGAGGUCUGGGACUGCACCCCACUUUGGUCACGUACUAAGAACUGCCAUAUAAACAUCCAAAUGUUUCCUGUCCCUCCUCGAUGGCCAAGUCCCCGCUAGUUUGCUGGCAGCUGAUUCGAUUUCUUUAAAGCUUUGAGAGACUUGGUCAGUACAAUCUUGCCUCAGGGAGACCCAGCUCAUACUGCCCCUAAUACAUUCGGUCCCAGUAACUCUUGGAAGUUGUGGGAAGAGUGAAAAGUAUAAUGAACUAGAUGGUUCACCUUGUUUCUCUUGGUAUGGCUUCACUUGCUGGAAAGCUCUUGGCAUUGCCCGGUGAAGUGAGUAGCCCAGAGAUGCUGCCUUUCACUU